UUUCUACAGCAUGCGUAUUGGCUGUCGUCAUCAACUCUGUUGCUUUCAUCUCAUUCUAUUCUUUCCCUAUCAUCUUUUUCGCCCAUCUUGUUUUGUUGAGCCAAAUAAAUUCAUCCUCAAAGUAAAAACUGCUCGACCAUCGUGGCAAAAAAGCCGAACACAGAAACUUCAUGGAAGUAGUUGAAGAAAUAGUGAUUGUGGGAGGAGGCGUGGCUGGUCUCGCAACAUCCUUAGGACUUCACAGGUUGGGUAUUCGGAGCUUAGUAUUGGAAUCAUCGGAUGAUUUGAGGAUCGCAGGAUAUGCCUUGACAGCAUUUACCAACGCUUGGAAGGCAUUAGAUGCCUUAGGCAUUGGUGACUUUCUCCGGCAGCAUCAUAAACGGCUUCAGGGGAAUUUGACGACUUCAACAAUUUCGGGACUUCAAACUUCAGAGUUGCCAUUUAAGGCCAAAGGGAAACACGGAGACCAUGAAGUUCGCUGCGUGAGAAGGAAGUUGCUGUUGGAAACCCUUGUGAAGGAACUCCCAAAUGGCACCGUUAGGUUCUCCUCCAAGGUGGUGUGUAUUGAAGAAUCGGGCUUCUUUAAGCUGGUGCAUCUUGCUGAUGGAACCAUCCUCAAAACCAAGGUGUUGGUUGGGUGUGAUGGAGUGAACUCAGUGGUGGCAACGUGGCUUGGUUUCAAGAAAGCAGCUUUUGCAGGGAGAUUUGCCGUCAGGGGAUGCGUGGAUUUCGAGGGUAGUCAUGGAUUCGAGCCUAAGUUCAUGCAGUUCUUUGGAAAAGGUAUUCGAUCCGGUGCCAUCCCUGUUGAUGACAGUACUGUUUACUGGUUUGUCACUUGGACUCCAUCCAGCAAAGAGGAAGAGCAAGAACAAGACCCAGCUAAAAUAAAGCAAAUUUUGCUGAGUAGGCUUGGAAAAGUACCUGAUCAAGCAAGGGCUCUGCUCGAAAAUGCUGAGCUGGAUGGCUUUAUGUCAUUGCCAUUAAGAUACAGACAUCCUUGGGAACUACUAUGGGGAAACAUUAGCAAAGGCAAUGUCUGUGUAGCCGGAGAUGCACUCCACCCCUUGGUACCAGACAUUGGGCAAGGCGGGUGUUCUGCCUUAGAAGAUGGUGUUGUUUUAGCCAGAUGUCUUGCUGAGGCUUUAUUGAAAGAACCAACAGAAAAAACAGAAGAAAAAGAUGACUAUAAGAGAAUUGAGAUGGGGUUGAAGAAGUAUGCCAAAGAGAGGGCAUGGAGAAGUAUUGAGCUCAUGAGUGUGUCUUUUAUGACUGGUUUUAUACAGGAGAGUCGCGGAAAAAUGAUCAACUUUUUAAGAGAUAAAGCAUUGGCUGGAUUCUUGGCAGGUUUCAUGUUGAAAAUGGCUGAUUUUGAUUGUGGAAAGCUCAACAUUUCUUGAAUAUUGCAACCUCGUAUAUGUGCUGGGCUGGAUUUCCUGCACUUCGAGUUCACUAUGUUUGGAACUAUUUGUAAACUUCUCUAUGAGGCUUUGGUUUUGGAUGAUUUCAUUUGUAAUCGCCGAGCUGUCCUUGGACAAAAUGUUUUUAGAUUCCGUGUGGGUUUUUUUAUGGUUUUAUGUUACUGCUAAAAGAGUAAUUAAUUGUAGUCA